AUGCCCAACUACAAGUUGAUAUAUUUUAAUAGCCGUGGACGCGCAGAAGUAACGCGUUAUUUAUUCGCUGCAGCCGGUGUAGAAUACGAAGAUGUUCGUGUGACUGGCGAAGAAUGGGCAAAGAUAAAAGCUGGUUCGUUAAGUUACAGUUUAAACAAAAAUGUUGACCUACUCUUAGAUAUCUAUUAUCAUAGUACUAUGAUCGAAGAAUGA